GGAGCUACGGAGACUGGAAGAGGGAUGCUGAGGCUGAGCAGGUGGGGACCGCGGAUGUUUACUGCGCGCGCUCUGCCACGACACCUCAUCACAACCUGCUUUUAACGUCGAUAAAUCAACACAUUGAUCUUACGUUACGUGUUAAGAGCGUUUAAAGGAGCAUAUAAGCUUUCUCUUCGCCGCUGUGUUGAUUGACAAGCUGUGAGAUCAACCGUGUGUCGCGAUGCUGUGCGGGAUUUGAUGUUCCCACAGCGGCACCGCGGCCUCUGCCUUUCCGCCUGGCGUUAUUAUUAUGCGGGAAACAACGAGCGGUGCACGGAGAACAGGGGAACAAAGCACCAGCCGCUGCAGCACUGAGGCGCAACUACACACUGGCAGUCAGUCAUGGUGGACCCUUCGGAGGCAGAGGAGCAGACCAAGUGCAAGAGCCCGAGCGUGGCAGCUGAGGACCCCCGAGUCGCCGACCAAAACGCAGACGAUGGCGACGGGACAGCAGAGGAGGAUGGGGACGCCUGCUUUCAAACUCCGCCCACUGGCAGCGCUGAACCAAGCCCCUGCCAUACCAUAUCCAUCCCGGAAACCCCAUUGCCCCAAAUUGUCCCUUCGCCACAACCCCCACCCCAAAUUGUCCCUUCGCCGCAACCCCCACCUUACGGCGAGCAAGAUUUAGCACCCAAACUGCAUCUGGAUCUGUACAAUUUCGACUCACCAGCUGCAGAGGGGAGUCGGUAUGUCCUGACCAGCCCGCGGUCUCUGGAAGCCUGUGCAAGAUGUGGGGUGAAGCCAGUGGAGCUAUUGUCGCGCCCCUUGUCCGAUUUUGCCAGAGAAGCUCCUGGAAGGUCAAUGCGGGUUGCGACGGGGCUGUUUGAGGUCUACGAACGAGAAAGACAUGCCAAGCUGAGGCAGUGCAGAGAGGAGAGAGAGAGGAUAGUGAGAGAGGAGAAGCGCAGGAUUCUACAAGCAGCGGCGAAUAGUAGCGUGUCACCUGCACUGGAGCACAAAGCAUCACCUCCAAAAACAGUUUCAGUUAUUGCACCUUCGGACAGUGGACCAACCUCAAAAGCAACAGCUCAAGCUCCGAAAUCCACUCUUUUGUCCAAACCUUCUGUGAACAAUCUUAGCACUUCUCCAAAACUGACCCAAAAUGGUUCUUCCAAAAUUGGAUCUACAAGCUCCCUGGCAUCUUCAAAAGGAGGUUUCCAAGGAUCUAGGACCAAAUCUACGGAGCAAGUCAGACUAACCCGGCAAGGAUCUUCAGGACCUCCCCCAGUUUCAAGGAAGUCCUCUGGGGGUAAACCUCCAAAUACUUUCCCUCGAUCAACCCCCAAACCGCCUGCGUUUCCUAGAGCUAACACUACACUAGCAUCCUCUGUGUCUAAACCAGCUACCACUCCACUUAAUGGUGUAAUAGGAGGACACUUUGGACAGCAUAAUGGACAUUUUAAAGUGAAAGGUAAAAGCCAUUCACUGGAGUCGUUACAAAGGAAAAUUGAUCCAAUUUUUUCAUCAACAUCAUCUAACACAACAAAUACAUGUACCUCUUCAGAAUCAGGGGCAUCUUCUUCCUAUAGUUGGGACGGAACCAGAGAUCACUGGGCAAAGGUUUCCAGUCCUAGAGCGCGCACAUUAGCGGCAUUUAAUUCCCUAAUGGGACGAAGCUUAAGUUUGGGAGAUCUAAGCCACUCCCCCCAGACGACUCAAAAGGUAGAACGAAUUGUAAAGGAGGUGAAAAGAAGAGGACUCAAAGCUGUUUCAGAGCGGGACAGGAAGAUAGCGGCGUUAAUGUUAGCUCGAUAUCAAGAAGAAGAUAUUAUGAGUCAGACCAGAUUUGUAGCGCAUCUUCAGUGGGACAGUGAAAAAAGGAUGGAGGAGUUUCGUAGAGAGCAGGAGGAAAGAGAGAAGCAAAAAGCAGUGCUACAAUGUCAGCGAGUUUGGCAAAAUCAAAUAUCUAUACGGCAACAACGACUUAGCCAGCAAGAACGGGAGGCUGCGGAGGCCAAGCUGAAACAGGUUGAGGAAAAUGAGGAGAAGUGGAAGGAGUUAGCAGAGCAACAAGAAAAAAGCCGGUUGUUGAAGUUGCAACAAGCGGCCAGAGAGGAAAAGCAUAAGAAAGUGUUACAGGAGCAGAACCUAAAGGCAAUAGAGGAGGAGCGAGCGGCCAUGUUGGAGCAGGAAAGGUUAUUGUUGAAGGAGAAACUAACCAUGGCGGAGCUAAAAAGGCAGGAGAAGGAACACCAAGCCCAAGAAGAGAGACGAGGUUUGAACAAGGCGGAAAGGCGAAGACACGCAGCUAUCAUUCAGGAAAUUGCACGUAGAGAGGAGGAGGAGAGAGAGGAGGCCAGGAGGCUAGCCGAGGAGAAACUCAACCGAUCGCUGGAAAAAUACGAACAGAUUGUGGAACGUAGGGGGCAGGAGCUGAAGGAGAAAGCCAAGCGAGAAGAGAAGCAAAUUCAGAGAGCACGCAAGGCUGCAGAGAGGCGUGAGAAGAUUCAACAACAGCAGUUUGCAGCUAAGGUUAAAGAAGCGGAAAAGAAGGCCCAACAUGCGGCAUUAGUGGUGGAGGAGAGGGCAAAGGAGAAGGCGCUCAAAGCAGUUCAGAGCAGACAAGAAAAGGAGAGACUACAGAAACUUAACAGGCAGAGAGUGGAGGAGGAGGAGAGGCAGAGGAGAUUGGAGCUCAUGCAGUCCAUUGAGAGAAAACUGGAAAAAAGUGAGCAGAUUUUUAAGGAGAAGAAGGCUGUUUUGGAAAGUGCCCGGUCAGUAGCAAGAGCAUCGUUCCAUGUGCGGGACAAAGUGAGAGAGGAGACCAACAUGCGAACGUUUGACAAAAUGGCUCUAGAGGCACAGCUCAAAGCGAGUCUGGAUGAGAAAUAAACUACAAACCAUGACACCUGCCUUCACUGUCAAACAGCUUUACCCCAUUUAAAACUUCAGUGUUUUUCAUAUCUUAACCCCUAAUUUUCUUAUUUUUUUUACAUUAUGAUAUGGAUGUAAAGCAGACUUCAGCUGUAUAAAGCCAACGCGGGACACAUAGCGCUUCAUUAUGGAUGAGUGGAUGCAAGGCACUGCCCGAUAAAACACACUUUCACCCUGCCCUCUCCACUGCCGCAGCCACUGAACUGAAAAAUGCACUGUUGAAAAGACCUAUUGUUAGCCAGGAAGCACAAGUCUGAGAUACAAAGCUUUUAAGAGUGCUUCUGCAGGGCAUGAAUAAGCUAAAAAAGGAAAUGGUUUGACAUGGUGCCCUUGAGCAAAGCUUGUUAAUGACAUGAUGCAGUGGGCAGCCUCUGCAGAGAAAUAGCCUUGAACCAGUCACAUGUUGUACCCAAAGCUGACGGUGCAAAGAGCCUCGUGCUGCUGAGCAAUCAACAUGGAUUUUAACACAGCAAGGACUCCCCCUGCCACCUCUCCAUAAGACAGACUGCAGCAAAGAAAGGCCCAGAAUUGCUCAAACCUGGUGUACCUGGAACUACAUCAAGGUCAAAAACAGGUCUUGGAGGUCAUCAACCAUCAAACCAAGUCCCUCCAGAUCACAGCUUUCAACAACACCGAAGUGAACUCGUCCUCAAUGAACCUACAUCUGUAUCUUCUUCCUAGAUAUCAAUUUAGUGCCAUUUUUGUGCUGCUAAAAACAACUGUCUGAUUUUGUCUUACCCUGAACUGAACCAUAAGCCUUCUACCUAAACCGAGAUGACAUGUAAUAGGUUCAGCAGCUUUAUCAGUAUUAAGGCAUGUUUUUCAUUGCAUUGUUGGCUCUUUGUUACAUUCCCCCUUAUUAUCAUUUUUGGUGUCACUGUAUAAUUUGUACAUGGCUAUGAGAUGUACCAAAUGCUUGCUUUUAGGAUUACAUAAGAGAGAGAAACACAUUCAGGUGGUCAGUGCAGUGUCAGUUUUAUUAUUUCAUUGCCCCUCUGUUAGAAUCUAGAUUUACAGUUUUCUGCUUGUCUUUAAAACUACAGAAAUAAUGCAAUGUUAUCUCUUUCAUGUAUUUGUCAAUGAUUAGAAUGCAAUUUAAUAAAAGCAUAUCAGUGUUAAUUGAGUGCUGUCAAAAUAACAAUGGUUUUAUCCCCCACAAAGACAAAGGAUGUUGAAAUGUAUCGUUAAAGUCAAGUAAAUGACUGAACUCAUUUCUGUCUGUUUUUAAAAUGAACAUGAAAACUGUGACCAAACCUGUACAAAACAAUGUGUGCAUACAAUCAAAACCAGAAAAAUAAAAUCAUUUUUCAAGAUACUCU